AUGGAUCUCGCAAGAGAGCUCAUGGUAUGGUUGGCCUUUGCUCCACUUGCCAUCGCUGCAGCCAUACUGCAAAAGGCUGUAACAGCAGCAAGAAGAAGAAGAAGAGCAGCCAUCAGCACGACGACGACAUCGAAGAAACCACCGCCGACGCCACCGCCACCCAUGGCGCCCGGAGCUCCCUUCGUCGGCGUCCUGCCGGCGCUGCUCGCCAGGGGCCCCCUGGCGGUGAUCCGCGACCUCCACGCGGCGAUGGGGAGCGUCUUCACCGUGCGGCUCCUGCACCGCAGGGUGACCUUCCUGGUCGGGCCGGAGGAGGCGAGCCAUUUCUUCAGGGGGCUGGAGUCGGAGAUGAGCCAGGACGAGGUGUCCCGGUUCACCGUCCCGACCUUCGGCCCCGGCGUCGCCUUCGACGUGGACUACGCCACCCGGCAGGAGCAGUUCCGGUUCUUCGGCGACACGAUGAAGCCGGCGAGGCUGAGGACGUAUGUUGGCCUCAUGGUUCAUGAAGUGGAGGAAUACUUUGGGAGAUGGGAGCAAUCGGGGGUGGUCGACCUGAAGCACGAGCUAGAGCACGUCGUGACGCUCAUCGCAAGCAGGUGCCUGUUCGGCGAGGAGGUCCGGUCCAAGAUGCUCGGCGAGGUCCCGACGCUCCUCCGCGAGCUCAACGACAGCAUGCGCCUCGUCACCACCGUCUUCCCGUACCUCCCGAUCCCGGCGCACCGCCGGCGAGACAGGGCGCGCGCCAGGCUCGGCGAGAUAUUCGCCGAGAUCGUGAGGUCCCGCAGGAGCGGCGGCGGCGCCGGAGCCGGCCACCGCGACAUGCUGCAGUGCCUCAUCGACGCCAGGUACAAGGACGGGCGCGCCACGACGGAGGCGGAGGUCGCCGGGAUGCUCGUCUCGGCGCUCUUCGCGGGGCAGCACACGAGCUCCAGCACCAGCACGUGGACCGGCGCGCGCCUCCUCACCCACCCCGAGCACCUCCGCGCCGCCGUGCGGGAGCAGGAGGAGCUCGUCCGCCGGCAACCCCAGGCCGCCGUCGACCACAGAGCCCUGCAGCGGAUGGAGCACCUGCACCGCUGCAUCAAGGAGACCCUGCGCCUCCACCCGCCGUCGCUGAUGCUUCUCCGCUACGCUCGCCGGAGCUUCACCGUGCGGACCAGGGACGGCGCCGCCGAGUACGAGGUCCCCGCGGGGCACACGGUGGCGAGCCCGAUGGUGCUCCACAACGCGCUGCCCCACGUGUACGAGGACGCCGGGGCGUUUGACCCGGGCAGGUUCGCGCCCGGGAGGGAAGAGGACAGGGCGUACGGCGCCGACCACGCGUACACGGCGUUCGGCGGCGGCCGUCACGCGUGCGUCGGCGAGGCGUUCGCGUACAUGCAGAUCAAGGUGAUCUGGAGCCACCUGCUGAGAAACUUCGAGCUGGAGCUCGUGUCGCCGUUCCCGGAGACGGACUGGUACGUCGUCAUGCCGGGCCCCAAGGGGAAGGUGAUGGUCAGGUACAAGAGGAGGAAGCUGAAGUGAACUAAGGGCAUGUUUGGGUAGCUUCUCCCCCUGCAGUUUUUAGAAAAAUCUGUUUCUGCUAAAAGCUAUUCUAAACAGUUCAUAGCUUUUAAGAAUAUGUAGUUAUAGAUUCUGGAAA